AUGGGAUUCCGCUCCAGAGUCAACCUGCUGGGCUACCUGUGUAGCGCCGCGGUCGCCCGCGGAGACGUAGCCACCCGGCUCAUCAACUCCCGCCUGCUGGCCGUGUUGACACAUCAGCUGCAGCAGGCCCCUUCCUGGGAUGUGAGAAGCAAGGUGCUCAGAGUCAUCGGCCUGUUGGCUCAGCAUUGCACCAUCCUCAGUGAGGAAACGCCCACCUCUGAGGUGGUGUGUGCAAUAACAGACCUCCUUAGAGACAACCUGAGGAACAACAAAGCAAAGCAGUGCCUGUUGCCACCACUAGGGGAGCUCCUCUAUCGCAUUGCAUCCCAGGUAGGUAUUAUGAGCAAACACCGGAAUGGUCUUCCACUAGCUCGGAAUGCUUUGUAGGAUAUUAGCUAUGUUUUCUUUAUACACAAAUGUCCAUAUUAUUUAAACCAAUUUUAUUUUAUUAGAUUCCCCUUUAAUGAUCGUAAGUGGUCCAAGGCAAGCACAAGUAUACGCAUCUCAAGUGCAGUCCGCUACCCUGAAGCACUGGUCCAGCAUGACAGGACUACGUUAAUAAAGACAAAGACAAAAGGGCUUCUUAACGACCAAUAAAAUGCUCUUCAGACGGCUGCAA